AACCGAUCUUAAAUCACCUUCCUCUUUGUAAGAUAACAAUCAAACACUAAUGUAGUGCUGCUGUAUAAUUUUCAUAAAGGACAAUAAACACUUGUCUCAUAACAAUUGCGCCCUUUCAGACUUUAUGAUUGAAGUUUCAACCAUUGCAUUUCUCUCAUCUUUCAUAUUUUGUUCAUGAUUUCAAAGUUCUCGAUCAUUUCAGCACAAUUGAAUGUGUUUUUUAUGUGGAGCCUGCAUGUCAUUGUUAGGUGGUUGUGGUUGUUAUCUCUAAGAGUGAAGAGGAUGUGGUUACUGGUUCCAUAAAGGUGGAUGCUAGAGAUGUGUGUUAGACCGAGAUCAGGGUGUGUGUGUGUGUGUUCGUGUGUGAGUAUGUGUGUGUUUGGGCCGAAAGAAACUGUGGUUUUGGGUCAAAAGAUGGCUGGUUAUUUAUGUACGGUCGUAGAUCAUUCCAGAAAGGCUUGUUCACUCCCCCCAGCCCCUUGUUACUGAUAAAAACACCAUCUGCACCAUUUCAACAAGAGAGUUUUGUUUGUAAAGCACACUAAUAGUAACAAAUCUGUCUUUUUUUAACUUAUUGGUUAUUCAUUAAUGCAACAAAACCUGUAACAGCAAUACACUCAAUAAGGAUCACAUCCGUCACACUAGCAUGAACAGUGCGCAGGAAUAUCAAACUGAUUUGGAGGUGAUUCUGGAAUUUCUUGAGGAGCACUACAGACAGGAAUCUCGAAGAAAAGCCCUAUGGAACAUGAGGGAUCUCUGUGCCAUGUCAACUGGUGAAGCUGUGAACACUUCUGGAGAGAAGCUAGCAAAUGAGGAGCAUUUCAGCAAUGUGUUAGAGCAAGAAAAGUCCCAGAUGCAGUUUUCUGAUCAGGUCAUGGGAUCUCUGGCCAAAGCAAAGGGAUCUGACUCAUAUACGGACUGCAGGAUGAAUUGCAACGGCACCACUGCAGUCGAUCAGUCUUCGGUCCUUAACAACUCACCUGAAGGGCGAGUGUUAAACGCCCUAAACGGACCAGAGAGACCUUUAACUCCAAAUACAACACCUGAAAAGUGUGCCGAAUCAUUGCCCAGCAUUACACCUGCAGAGAAAGGGAAAAAGCUACGCCUUUUCCACUUCCUGUUCGAGAUGCUGGAGGACCCAGGCAUGGCCCACUGCGUGUCCUGGGUGCCGGCUUCAGUCGGCGUCUUCCGCUUUUCUGCCAGGCACAAGGAGCGUGUGGCAGAGCUAUGGGGCCAGAGGAAGGGCAACAGAAUGCCCAUGACCUACCAGAAAAUGUCCCGUGCCCUACGAAAUUACGCCCGCUCGGGGGAAAUCAUUAAAGUGAAAAAGAAACUGACUUACAAAUUCAGUGUCGCUACCCUCUCUACUUUACGGAGUCAACAUGGUAUAAAGAAAGCACUAUGUCAAUCAAAAUGAGAGCUGAAUGAUUGUCUCCAUGUGUUAUGGUUAUUAUGUGUUACUCUCAUGAUAUCUUAAUUGCCUUGGUAACAGGAGGAGGGUAAAAUUAGUUUCUAUUUUUUCUUGCUCAGUUAGGUUUCAUAAGAAGGUGAUUAACUAUGGUGUUUUUAUGGUAUUACAGACUCUUAACCAAAUGACUUAGGCUACUUUUUGCUGUUCUUUGUGUAUCUUGAUGCAUUUAAAAAGUAUGUCUUUAAUAAACAUGUCUUUUUUAUUAUAAUUUUCUUUUGAUAUUUAUCCAAUUUUUUUAAUCAGCUACUAAGAUGGCAGUUAAAAAGAACUAAAACAAAAAAAUAAAAACAGAUCUUCCCGCACUGCUCAUUUGUUCCCAGUAGGUGGCAAAGCUGCUACACUGCUUUUAUUUUGAUUGUCACUUACUGACUCACUACAGUUGUGCUUUUUCAAUUCUGUUUUAGGAUUUCAUUAUUAACAACUUAAUGGCAAAAUAAACAAGAAAAAAGAAAAAGUCAUUUUAUAUAUUUUUUGUUCACUUCAGUGCUAUUUUAGUGCUAUUUUGUUAUUUUUUUGUAUACUACUACUAGGAAAAAUUCAGUUUUUUUACAUGGGUCAUGGGUAAAAAAAUGUAUGAAGGUUAUGUUAUAGCAUGAUAUGCAAUCUCAAAACAAGUGACAAAUUAUACUUUUCUCAGAACUAACUUUUUUGUAUACUACUACUAUGAAAAAUUCAGUUUUUUACAUGGGUCAUGGGUAAAAAAAUGUAUGAAGGUUAUGUUAUAGCAUGAUAUGCAAUCUCAAAACAAGUGACAAAUUAUACUUUUCUCAGAACUAACUUCAUUUUUACAACUAGGUAAUUUUUAGUGAAUUUAUGAAGCCAAACAAUCACUUUUUGUCAACAUUUUGACUAAAUAUGCACAUGCUGUCUUUCUUUACAAUAAAUGGCAUUAGGUUUGAAAUUUUGUUGCAUACUGCAAUAAAAUUCAUUCAUUUUUAAGCAUGGCUUAAGUGUUGAAAUGCUUUUUGGAGGCACUUUAAGCAGCUGUUUUUUCGUCAUUGGCAUCAGAAGUUGGACCCAGAGGUGUUGACAGCACCCUACUAAAAGACAGAUUCUUGGUUUAGUCUCUCUGACUGACUGACCGGCCACAGGGUGCUCCUCACACAUGGUAAUUUGCCAUUCAGAGAUGGUGCUUCUCUCCCUUUAUAGUCCCACAGUGUUUUGUUCACAGGGAGGAGUGGAAUCUAUUUCUGCAGCAAGUAUUCAUGCUUUACUUGCUCAGUAUGUAUAUCUAAAGCAUUUCCUACUCCAUGGGGAGAAGCUCCAUUCUAUAUUGAACAAACUGAAUCUUAUUGAGAUGCUGAAAUUCUGAGGCGAUAUCUCUUCAUCUUUGUUUAGGUUCCUGUGUGUGUGUUUCUGUGUGUGUGCAUUUGUGCAGGCAGGUGCCACUGCAACUCUCUCGCCUGAGCUUUUUAUGGUAAGCUAAAUCCCCAUGGGCGACAUGAACCUUUAACCACCAGUCUGGUCCAAAUGGUUUUGUGUGAACUUUAUGGCAGACCCACAUGAUACUUCCCCAGGACCCUGUCUAACACACAGGGUUAUAAAUGGGCCCCUCGUUGGAGGCUCUGCUACCAAUAAAGGCCAAAAAACAAAAUCUUUUGCUUUUGUUUAAAAUCCACUCAGUCAGGAUGGUUUGAGAGUAUGGCACACCAUUCAUAACUUCCUUAUAUCACAAACAGCCAGUUCAGAAAGAGAUUGCAGGUUAAUUUUGUCAAUGCGACCACAUACUUUUGGCAUGAUAUGCUUUUGUGAAAAAUUUCCAUUCUAAACAAGGAUUUCUUUAAUGGCAAGUGUAGCUACGGAUAGAAUGACUGCUGACUAGAAGUCUUUCAGAACAUGGAUAGCCUGAAAUUACUAAAGAAGACUCCUGGCUUAAUAUGUAAUAUGCUACUGGCUCUGCAGAGACAUCUUAUAUUACUUGCUGGCAUUCAUGUGACCAUCUGAGAAGAUGACAUUUUGUUAUUUUAUUUUUGUUUUUUUGCCAUAUUCAUGUCAGCUCAACUAGAAGUUCACAAACAAUAUGCCAAGUUCUUAGAAAUGUUUGUGUUCAUAUAGGUUUAACAUGGUUUUGAAAACGUUUUUAUAAUGAAUAAAUAUCAAUUAUGAAAAGAAGCACCAUGAAGCACUUUGUCAUGUCAUAAAAAGGUCAAAUUAUUUGAUAUUUUAAGAGACUUACUUGGCACAUAGAUUGUGCCAAACUAACCAUAAAUAAGGAAUAAGGUUUUCUUUUCAAUAAUUUAAUUCUUUUAAUGUUUCUUCAUUUGCAUCACUUUGACAUUUUUUACAUUAUGCAUACCAAAAGUAUGAAUUUUGAUUUUCUGAUUAUGAAAUUUAAUGUAUUUUCUUAAUAGAUUCAAACUAGCGUUAUGUCAUUGACCUCUAUAUUAGUUUCAAGCAGGUGGAUUUCAAGUCUUUCUUUCUUAUUUAAGAUACAUUUAAAGUUUCUGGAAAUAAUAAACCAAUCAUAAUUGCUCGCUAAAACUAUUAAAGCUUUAGUGACUCCCUGCGUAAACUGCAGUCACGUCUGCAAGAAGCAGGGCCUGAUUUAUAGUGAAAAUUAAAGUGUUAACAGGAUAAUUAGGGUCUUGACAAUGGUAACAAUCUCAUCAUCUUUCCAUGCUAGAUAUGUCAAAAGUCAGAGUUCACAGUGACAUUCUAAUAAUAGCCUUUAAAAGCAUUGCUCAGGCAUCUUAACAGAAUUUAUAGUCCUGGUUGUUCAGAUCACCCUCAUCCACAUUACAUCCACAUCAUCUCUGGCACUUGGCUGAAAAGUGAAGUGAAUGUUUCCUAUUUUUCUCACUAAGCCCUAAAUAUCACCCAGAUGCCUUCUAGAGAAAGGGUGGAGCUUAGACACUGGGAACCCCU